AUGGGGCACCAAGCAGUGGAGCAACAGUCAGCGGAGCACCAAGCAGCGGGGCACCAAGCAGUGGGGUACCAAGCAGUGGGGCACCAAGCAGCGGGGCACCAAGCAGCGGAGCAACAGUCAGCGGAGCACCAAGCAGCGGAGCACCAAGCAGCGGGGCACCAAGCAAUGGGGCACCAAGCAGAGGAGCAACACUGGGCACCAAGCAGCGGGGCAACAGUCAGCGGAGCAACAUUCAGCGGAGCACCAAGCAGCGGAGCACCAAGCAGCAGGGCACCAAGCAGUGGGGCACCAAGCAGCGGGGCACCAAGCAGCGGGGCACCAAGCAGUGGAGCAACAGUCAGCGGAGCACCAAGCAGCGGGGCAACAGUCAGCGGAGCACCAAGCAGCGGGGCAACAGUCAGCGGAGCAACAGUCAGCGGAGCACCAAGCAGCGGGGCACUAAGCAGCGGGGCACCAAGCAGCGGGGAACCAAGCAGCGAAGCAACAGUCAGCAGAGCACCAAGCAGCGGGGCACCAAGCAGCGGGGCACCAAGAAGCGGAGCAACAGUCAGCGGAGCACCAAGCAGCGGGGCAGCAAGCAGCGGGGCACCAAGCAGCGGGGCACCAAGCAGCGGAGCAACAGUCAGCGGAGCACCAAGCAGCGGGGCACCAAGCAGCGGGGCACCAAGCAGUGGAGCAACAGUCAGCGGAGCAACAAGCAGCGGAGCACCAAGCAGUGGGGCACCAAGCAGCGGAGCCACAGUCAGCAGAGCACCAAGCAGCGGGGCACCAAGCAGCAGGGCACCAAGCAGAGGAGCAACAGUCAGCGGAGCACCAAGCAGCGGGGCACCAAGCAGCGGGGCACCAAGCAGCGGAGCAACAGUCAGCGGAGCACCAAGCAGCGGGGCACCAAGCAGCGGGGCACCAAGCAGUGGGGCACCAAGCAGUGGAGCAACAGUCAGCGGAGCACCAAGCAGCGGAGCACCAAGCAGCGGGGCACCAAGCAGUGGAGCAACAGUCAGCGGAGCACCAAGCAGCGGAGCACCAAGCAGCAGGGCACCAAGCAGCGGGGCACCAAGCAGCGGGGCACCAGUCAGCGGAGCAACAGUCAGCGGAGCACCAAGCAGCGGGGCACCAAGCAGUGGAGCAACAGUCAGCGGAGCACCAAGCAGCGGAGCACCAAGCAGCGGGGCACCAAGCAGCGGAGCAACAGUCAGCGGAGCACCAAGCAGCGGGGCACCAAGCAUCGGGGCGCCAAGCAGCGGAGCAACAGUGAAAAAGAACGUAUCAAAUGUUGAGAAGAUCAGUGCUUGUAUUACUGAUCAAAUGCUUUCGGUCAUAUUGUGUGUUCUCGCUAGAUCAGGAGAUGGAUGGAUUCAUGUCACCAAUGCAGUUACAUGA